UUACAGUGAAAUCUGUAAUUCGCCAUACCCAGGGUAUGGCAUACAGGGUCAUACAGUGUCGAGUGUUUGGUUGUUUUUAUUUAUCUAUUUUGUGGGGAGCAAAAUGGCGGACUCAGGGAAGGCAGCGGUGCCUGAGGGAGUUGAAAGUUCUGGGGAGACACCCCAGGUAAAGCUUCAAAUCAAAGUGCAGCCUGCAACACCUGUGCCGCCUGACCCUUUAGAGGCUGAACUGCGGGCCCAAGAGGAGAAACUCCGCUUGCAGGCCCAGGCAGUUGAGAAUCUAAAGGUGAAGGUCAAGAAGAAGGAAGAGGCUGCUCAGAAAGAGGCCAAGAGAAAGAUCUUAAUUGCAGUCAUGCAGAAGAUCAUGGGCAACGGUUCUACCAGUCAGUUGAACAGCAUCGCGACACAUCUUCAGAUUGCACCUGUUCAGACUAUUCCUCCACCUCCUGGCCCUUCUGCAGCAGACACCCAAAAGACCCCACAAUCCAGACCUGCAACUCCACCCUCUACACCCAGAUCAAUAGCAGCUUCACAACCCUCGUCACCAUUUGAGUUUCAGCGGCCUAAGCUGACACCGCCACCCAUGUUCUCAGGUGAGGACUCAAAGGUGGAUGUGGCAGACUGGGUUGCUACACAGAGAACCUUGGAUGUGAAGGUGUCAGCCAUCCUUGCUCGCUUGGAGCGAUCAGCACUGAAAUGGUGCACUUCCACCUCCAGCAAGCAAGGUAUGAAGAUGGUUGACUGGGCGCAGAGGCUGGGGGUGGCUGGAUUUCUGCAGGCCCUGCAGGACCGGUUUGCAAACAACGAGCAGGCCAGGAAGGCAGCAGACAAAAUUAUGCGCCUGGGCCAGAAAAAGUUUGAUGGCUCCUUGUCCAAACUGUAUUCCACCUUUGAGAGUCUAACAUCGACUCCUGGGUUGGAGAUGAGUGAGCAGGAUCUGCUCAUUCAUUUCCUAAGGGCAGCGCCUGAGCAAUUCCAGCUUGCUCUUUUCUCUCGGGGCCACAAGGACUGGCGGUCCUUUGGCAGAGCAGCCCUGGACUUGGAGUCUAAACUCCAUGUCCAGGAAGCACCUUCUGAAGGAAGGAAGGGGCCCUCCUCCAAAGGGCGAAGAAGGAGAAAGGGUGCCCUGUUUGCUGCUGCAGCAUCGGGAUCAGAUAGUGAUGCAGCAUCCCAGGGUGGGAACCCUCCACCUGGGACUGCAUCAUCAUCUGCUGCAGAUUUUGUUGUUCUUGCCCUUGCUGAUGCUUUGAUGGGCUUGACAAAGGGCAAGGCCCCAGCCCAGAAAGCAUCAAUCAGUAGACAGGGGAAAGGGAAGGGACGUGCCUCUUCCCCUGGUGCCCAUAGAAUCCCUAGGGUUGAGCUGCCUGACCGGCAUGGGGUAUAUCGCCCUUGCAUGCUCGCUGACGAGUACCAUCCGGCCAGCAAUUGCUAUUGCAUGAGUGCUCGCAAGUUUUUGCGGUUCUCACGCCAGACUGACCACGGUCGUCUGUUCAUGGCUUAUGUCAAACAAACUGACGUGGAGACUGCUCCCUGUCCCUCUCAGAUUCAGCAGGUUGUGGACAGUUUCUCAGAUCUUAUGGAGGAGCCUACUAGACUUGUCCAUAGGCAAACCAAACAUACGAUUGAGAUCCUGCAUGGCUCGGCCCCUCCCAAGGGCCGGGUCUACAGGAUGUCUCCUGCUGAACUUGAAGAGCUCAGGAAACAGUUAGAGACCCUGACCAGCAAGGGCUGGAUCAGACCCAACACAUCUGAGUUUGGGGCACCAGUCCUCUUUGUUCCAAAGGGGAAUGGUGAGUUCAGGAUGUGCAUGGAUUACCGUGGUCUCAACAAGAUCACGAGGAAGUCUACAGAGCCUCUUCCUCGUAUUGAUGACCUGCUGGACAUGGUGCAGGGCUGUACCAUUUUCAGCAAGAUCGACCUCAAAUCUGGCUACCACCAGAUUGAGAUGGCUGAAGGCGAUGUCCACAAGACAACCUUCAAAACCAGGUAUGGCACUUAUGAAUACCUGGUUAUGCCAUUCGGUCUUUGCAAUGCGCCAGGCACCUUGCCUUUUGUGCUUACGACUAAUGCUAGUCAGUAUGGGGUAGGAGCGGUACUUCAGCAGGAUGAUGGGAAUGGUCUGCAGCCCAUUGAGUACAUGAGCAAGAAAAUCAAGACCACGAAGCUGCAAGACUCCACCUAUGAGAAAGAGUUGUAUGCUCUUGUGUCAGCGCUCAAGUAUUGGAAACACUUUCAAGAUCUUUUCAGAUCAUUCCACCCUUCAGUGGAUGAAGUCCCAGGGAGAGUUGAAUGACAAGCUUGCUCGCUACAUUCAGUUCAUUGACAUGUUUGACGUUGAACUGAGACACAAGAAGGGCUGCUACAAUAGAGUAGCAGAUGCCCUUUCUCGUAGGCCUGACGCUCUGUUCCUGAUCUCCUUUACUCACUCAUUUGGGGAGAGGACACGUCAGACCAUUGCCAGUUGCUGCCCCAGAAUGAGAUCUUUGGGCCUAUUGUGAGGAAUCUCCAGGACGAUCCUGCCUCUGAACCAGGAUAUACUCUGGUUUCAGGUCUACUGUACACAUGCAGCAGAGGUGAGGAGCGACUGUGUAUCCCUCAGGACCGCAAGCUGAGGACACUUCUGAUGUCAGAGUGUCAUGAUGCUCGUGGUCACUUUGGUGCCCUCAAAUCUUAUGCAGCCCUGUCGC